AUGAGUGGCGAGGUGGUCGCAACGGUACCACCUGGUACACAAGUUGUCGUCGAGGCGAAACUUCUCACUUCGGAUGUGGACCAUACGAUAGAAGAAGUACGACAGGAAACGAUACAACAAGUACAUGAAGCGUUAACGGUUGUCGGUCAACCAAUUCCGAAUUUACCGAACGCAAGGCCUCCUAAUCGGACGUUAUUCUGCAGAAAAUGUGAGGGACAUGGGCUACAGGUCGUCCUAAAGGGUCAUGCAUCCAGAUGUCCAUACAACAACUGUCAAUGCAAAACGUGCUCAAAUGUGAUGUCGAUGAGAGCUAAUGCGAUCAUAAGAAGAUAUCGGACGCGAACACUUGAAGGUGGUCUUGUGUUGAAACCGGUACAUUUCAAGAAUGGAAACACACGCCUUAGGGUAUUUCCCAAAUACGUUGAUGAGUCUGACGCAUUACCGAUCCCAAUGGAACGUCCUCGUGAGAAAAAUCCGUCUGGAGACGACGGUUCUGUAAAAAGUCAAACCAUGCCUAUUACACCCCCUGGGCAUGGAGCUGGACCAUUUGCAGUGAAGCGCAGUUUUAGCGAAACCCAAGUGGACUGUCUUCAGGAGGCAGAAAAACGCUCGUCACCAAAGAGAUCGUAUGCUGAACCCGCUACUGCUGGUUCACCAGUAGAAACCAGUCCACAGCCACAAUUUGCUCAGUAUACUCAGCCCAAUCUACUAGAUUUACUUUUAAAACAUCAACUGUCGAACCACGAUCCAGCGACUGACCUUCUGACUCAAGGACUUCUUGGUCUACCAACUAGUUGUCUGCCUAUUUGCUCUUUGCCGCCUUACGAUCCUCCAUCCUCAACACUUCUUGCCUCAUCACUAUCUAGUCUACCUACUGCCUCACUUACAUAUUCAUCACCAGUGACCUCCUACCAGAACCCGUUUCUGACUGCGUCUUCGUUCAUCAAUUCAUCAUCAACAACUCUAGAAGAAAAGGAACCUAUCGUCUGUCCCACUAGUCAACUUAGCGAACUAUCAAUUGGUAUCUCAGAACCGCCGGUUUCUGAGCAGCAAAAGUUGACCCCGGGAAUGAUUAUGAUAGCCGGCAGCCAAAUGGAAAGAGAGCCGGAGCGAUUUACUGCCAAUCUCAUGAUCUCACCUACAGCUGACAAAAGCCAUCCACUUUUCAAACAAUUCCUCGCCACUGUCAGAGAAUUGGAGAAGCAAAUGCUUUCUGAGUUUAGAACGUGA